UAAUUUUAAAUUUGAAAGCAUGCAUUUAAAUUUAUUUUAUUUGUUCCACAUUAUGGGUUUUGACUGCAUAUCUUAAUAUUAGAUUGAUGUAGUCUAGAAUUAAUUUAUUCGUGUACACAUUCUAUGAUUCAAUAUGGACGAUGCAUCUAUCGAGGAGGAUAUACAGAAAGAACUUGAUGCUAUUUCACUUUCAAGCUUAAAUUCCGAUGAAGAAGAUAUUCAUGAAGAAGAUCAGAUAGUACAAAAGUCCUACGAUUAUGAUUCAGUUGGUUUAUUUCUGGAGAAAUCGUCACAGAGACAUCAAAUUGCUCAUGAUAUAUUAAAAGAAGCAACGGAUAUUUUGACAGUGUGUGACCAUGUUGGAAAAUCACUGGUUUUAUCAGAAGAAAUAUCUGAAAAUGAAGAAAAUCAAGAAGAAGAUUUUCCAUCAUCUUAUAUUCUCACAUAUCGUGAUAAUAAUGAAAUUUCCACAAAAAGCACAAAUGAGAUCGAAGAAGAAAAUAGAGUUAAAUUGGAGGAACUUGAAGACAUUCUCAAAGUAAAAGAAGAGGAUGAAAUUUUACAACUUGAGAAGAAGAGAAUCUCAGAAGAAGAAAACUUAAAUCGUUGGGUAGAGAAUGAAGAAAAGAUGAAGAAAAAUAUAGAAGUGAUGGUGGACAAAGAAAAUUACUGGGAAAAGACUUACGGGCAAGUUGCCAAAGAAGAGAUAUUUAAAAAAGAAAGUGAGCUAGAAAAAGAAUUUCUAGAAUCUCAACAGAGGAUUCAGAUAAUGCAGCAAGAAGAGAAAAAAAUUCUUGAAAAUCUAUUGAAAGAAAAAGAGGAAUUGGAUAGCGAGAAAAAACGAAGUUCAGCUAUAUGUAUUCAGGCGAUAUUUCGUGGUUACAAAGUGAGAAAAAUAUAUUGGAAUGAAUUGCAAACAAGGAUUUUACAAUCAAAAGAGAGAAGACGACAUGAAAGAAUUGCUAAAAUGGAGGAAGCUCGUGCAAAAGAAAAAGCUCGUCAAGAAGAGGAAAAAAGGAAAAUGAAUGAGAAGAAAAGGAGGAAUGAAAAAAUGAAGGAAAAUUUGAUAGAAAAUAAAAACUUGACUAAAACAACUUCGAACUCUGAACAGGUUUCCUUGUUACCAAGCACUGGAAUUAAAUCUAAUGCUACUCAAGAACCGGAUUCUAUGAAAUAUAAAAAUAAAGAAAAUAAGUUGUCAGAUGCUGAAAUUGAAUUCAACGAAACAGUAAAUCAAGAAAAUAAAAGUAUGGAAUCUCUAUCUACAAGCACCUCUGAAAACACUGAUACCCGAAACAAAAAUAGAUCUUCAGCUUUGGAAAGCGUAGCACACGAAACUGCAUUAGAUACUGUCUCCAAUGAAGGCAAGGUAAACGAUAAAGUUUCUAAUGGAAAUAUCCAAAAUGACAGCAGCUCUUCUGCUUUGAAAAAUUCAGCACAAGAAACGACAAUUAACGCUGUCUUCAUUGAAGACAACUCAAAUGAUGGUUGUAAUGCUGAUACAAGUAAUGCCAUUCUAUCUAACUCUGUGACAAAUGAAAUUGAAGAGGUGUCACAAGGUAUUCCAGUGGAAUCUGAGACUGAUAAAAUGAUUCUUGACAAACCAAAAAAUGAAGAAAUUCAACUGUCUACUGAUAAUAUUAUAACGGGUAAUGUAUUAAACAGAGAAAUAGAAUUUGUUAAUGAAGAUUCCAGAUCUGUGGAGAACGAAAUGACAUCAUCUCCUGGUAACAAAGAAAUCCAAGUUUCUUUAAAAGUAGAAACAAAUUCUGGAGCUAGUGAUCAUACUGUGGUAGCUCAAAAAGAUGUUGCUCAAAAUAUCAUGGAAAGCCUGUCUUUAAAUGAUCCCAACCUACAACAAAAUGAUUCGUUUGAUGGUGUGGUAGAGCCAGAACCUGCAGCCCAAACAAGAAAUGAAGUGGUGGAAGAAGAUAUAAUAAAACAAGACUCUAAUCAGAAUGUGACUACUAAUCAAGCUCCAAAUUCGGGAUCACAAAGUAGGGGGGAAUCUGAGAGUUUAGUAAAAAAAUGUAGUAAUGCUCCUGAAAAAGAUGAUAAAUUAAUCCCAGAAAGAGAUUUUGAAUUGAUUAACAAAAAUGAAAUGAUUUUAACAGGAUUAAACAAAAAUCAGGACUCAGAUGAUAUUUGUGUAACGGAGAAAAACAUCGAAAACCAUCCUCGAAGUACAUUACAAUUAAAGGAAGAAAAGUCAGUUUCAUUUGAACGGACGCAAGACACUUCACUAUCCAGCUCAUUUGAAAGCACACAAGAUAUAAAUUUACCACCGAUUAAUUCUGAGAGUGCAAAGAUUGAAGAAACGAUAUCAAGUAGUCCAGUUUCAGAGUUGAAAAACGAUUCACAUCCUGCUGAGGAUACCUGUCCAACAGUGCAAACAUUUGAAAAUACUUAUUCUAAAACAACUGAACUCGAUAAUGGAGAUAUAUCUAAUACAGGAAUUUUCAGUCUAUCAACAAAACCUACUAACAUUAUUGUGGAAAAAAAUAAAAAUAUUCUUAGAGAAAAACAAACUGAUAGUACAAAACCUGAAUCUACCAAUCUUGACAAUUCUGUUCCGUCAUCUAAUUCUCAUUUUAAGAAAGAAAAAAUUGAAAAUAAUAUGGAUGAAAAUUGUUCCUAUUCGGAAAAAUUGGAAUUAAGGAGAAAUGCCUGGUUAAAAAAAUUCAGUUUGAAGGGAAAAAGGGAACACAAAUCACCAUCUACGUUGUCAAAAAGAAGAAGACUAAUCAGAAUUUCUUCAGCUGCGAAACGGCUUCCUCCCUUCUCACAAGAAGAAAUAUUUAAUGGUUCUUAUCAAACAACAGAAUGCAGGAUAAACAAAAAGGCACUUUCAUUUGAACAAAUAAAGUGUGUUUUCCUUACUGGGAUUCAAGAAGGAAGAAAUUUAUCGAGUGUGUCAAACUGUGCUUAUUUAACUCAUCUAACUGUUCAAAACUGUGGUUUAUUAUCUCUUGAGAACAUGCAAUCUUGCCCUUGUUUGAAGUUCAUUGAUGUUUCUCACAAUUCUAUCAAUAUGAUUUCUUGUAAUGGAAUGAAGCAACUUCAAUAUUUGGAUGUUUCAUGCAAUCGCUUAACUUCAAUCCAUGGAGUAGAUGGUUGCCAUGGUCUACUGUACUUCAAUCUAUCUCAUAAUAAUAUCACUAAAAUAUCCGGACUGGAUGAUGUUAUAAAUUUGCUUAAUUUGAGGAUAUGUAACAACCAGUUGAUCAAUAUUUCUGGUCUAUGUUGUUGUGAAAAUCUCUUAUAUUUGGAUAUUUCUGAGAAUCAUUUAACAAAUCUGGAUGAUUUGGAAGAUUGCAAACUAUUACUAUCUGUAAUAGCAUCAGGAAAUAACUUGGAACGCCUGGGACAACGGUUUUUGGGGAAUAUGGUUCUUCUAUCUAGAUUAGACGUCAGUCGAAACAGCUUACAAGAUUUGGAUUUGACAGAGAACACUUGGCUUCCUUUUUUAACUGAUCUUGACGCUUCCAUAAAUAGAAUAGGAUCUUCACAAGAUUCCGAUUUGCAAGCUGAUUUCUCUAUUGUGAUGCCUUUCUUGAGCAAUCUCAAUUUAAGCAAAAACUUAAUAUCGAAUGCAAAAGAACUCACUUCUCUUAUGAAGUGUAAAUGCAUUAAUAAAGUUGACUUGACUGACAAUCCGUUAUCGUCAGACGAUACAGAAAACGAUUUUCGUUUUAUUCCAGAGAUAGUGACAAAAAGUGAAUGUACUAAGCAACAUUUGCUUGAAAGUACACAAUUUUAUAAAUUACUACAAAUGUUUUGUCCAUUAGACAAUUUUGGAAAAACAUUUGCAUAUAUGACUCAUCAAAAAUCAGAAAUUUUGACUCAACAUGACUCGGCUAAUAAUGUUAUCGAAAUAGUCUCAAAACAACUUGAAGAAUUGCAAUCUGAAGUGAAAAAAUAUUCAUCUGAAAUUCAAAGAACGUUAAUUCGUUGGGGAAACAGAGAUGAAGGAGAUAGUAAUGAAAAAACCAUUACUCCACCCGGUAUAUUCACUAACCAUGUAGAACAUUUGAAAAGUCUUCAAGAAAUGUCACUAUAUUUCAGAAAUGUACAUGAACAUGAAGGAUUCAAGUUUGUUCCUAUUUCUACGAGUAAUACUGAAGAUAAUGGUUUGCCAAUUUCACAUACAACUAGUAGAAAAAGCUUAGCAAGCAAAAAAUUUGACUCCAAAACAAAGAAAGAUUGCAUUUUGAAAUCGUCUCGAAUAAUUCAAAAUGUUUCAAGUGAAUCUAUGCAAACAGUAUCUAAGCCUGAAGAUGUAAAUGUGGAAGAGUCGAUAAAAUUGAUCAAACAAUCUAAUGGACCUGGUGAUAAAAAAUUGGAUUCGAAUACCGUAAAAUCAUCAAAUGUGUAUGGAAAAUUGAAAUUACGAACAGAUGGUAGUGUUAUGGAAAAUGUUGCAGCUAAAAAAAUUCAGAGUUUCUGGAGAGGAUUCCACGUCAGAAAAAGACAUUCUAACAUCAAGAAAGCAAGAGUAAAAGCAGCAAUUAAAAUUCAAUCUACGUGGAGAGGUUAUCAAACUAGAAUGAAAAUCAAAAAAGCAAUGGAGAUGUUGGAACAAACUCAAAUGAACACUGCAAGACAGGAUGAUUUUGAAGAAGAAAUUGAUUUGGAUGGUUUUGAUUUUGAUGAAAAAUCAUUUGAUGAAAAGUGGGCUUAUAAAGUUUCUGGAUUAGAAGAUUUCUAUCCUAAACCACAAGAACAAAUAUCUGAGAAUACAGCGAUGUACUUUAAUAGCCCUUCCAGCCAUGAAAAGACUGCUGAUCAACCUCCACAUUACCAACAAAGGGAAAUGACAUAUUCAAAACCACCUUUACCACCAAUAUCAUCUAGAGGAAGCACACCACUCAGCACUCGUCUUCGGCUUGGUUUGGAUUCACAUGAAGAAUCUGUGACAGAUUCAAAUCGUUCUAAAACGUCUGCUAAACAGGAACUUCUCACAAAUCAAUGGGGAAUAAAAUCAUCCAGUACUGCGGAUUUGAUGAUGAGAAGAGCAAAAAGGUUAAAAGGAGGAAGGAAGAAAGCACAAUCUGCUGAAGAAAAACUUCACAGAUUUCAAGAGAAAGCUUCAACUUUUCAAACUUCAGAACAAAUCUCUCAUAGAAGACAAACCCCACCGAACAAAAUAGAUUAUUUUAAAGCUCGUGAACAAGGAUACAGUAUGAAAAAUCUGAAAGAUGCUGAGGAAGAGCAACAAAAACAACAAUACACAUAUGAAUGGUUACAUAACCAAGUAGGAUCAAACUACAAUCCCGACCAUAAAAUUUCACCACCUCGAAAACUUGGUCAACCACAUCCCCCAGAGACAAAAAGAGACUCAUUCAGGAUUUUUACCUGUCAUUCCUAAAAGUCCAUCAUUAGUGGGAGUACAGGACUUAGAGAUUCAGUCAUUGACCAGCGGAAGUAGCUACGCUAGCAGAAGUAAAGAUAGGCUUCUAGAUAUUGUGAGAAGACACCAUCCUUCAGGUCU